AUGGCGUCCAGACUUGACCGGCUCGUCACCAUCCUUGAGACCGGUAGUACCCGGCUAAUACGGGAUACCGCCGUCAACCAAUUGGCAGAUUGGCAAAAGCAACAUCCAGAGGAACUCUUCAACCUUCUCUCUCGGGUUGUCCCCUAUCUCAGGCACAAGGAUUGGGAGACGAGGACCACCGCGGCUAAGGCUAUUGGCAAAAUCAUUGAGAAUGCGCCAACAUACGACCCAAAUGUCGCUGAUGAACCUUCAGAGCCGAAGAAGGAAGAGCCAAAGCCCGAAGAUAGCGUAGUCAAGAAGGAGGAGGAGAAGGAACCCACUAUUGCUCACGAAGACUUCUUCAGCUUGGAGACGCUUGAUGUGGGGCUGAUAUUAAAGUACGGCCGCGAGUUACUUCGCGGAGGUAACAUCGAUUAUGCACUUGGGGCUCUAGACCCUCAAGCCCGUCUAGCACACCAAAAGAAGACGCUGAUUGGCCGUCUUGGCUUGCUUGGCCGGGUAUUUGAAGACGAUGAGAUGCCAAUCGUCAACGAACAUGCCAUCAGCCCCGUGACACCAGGAGAGGUGUCCAAUGCCAAUGGUUUUGGCCGACACGAGACCAACGGCAACGGCAGUCAGAGUCAGCCAACUGAAGAGUCAGGCUUGAGCUCCCGACAGCUCAAUGUUUUGAAGAGGAAACGAAAGAGAGAGGCACAAAAGGCCGCUCAAGGGAAGGGUGGAUUCGGUGACUUGUCGAUAAGACGUAGCACUACGGCCGGCUCCGACGGAUUUGUCGAUGAUACACCAAUGGCGGAUGCAGAUUCGAAAAAGAACGGCAAGAUGGCGGACUACUUCAGCCUCGAGAGACCUGACGAGGUCGAUGAGGAAACCAAAGUCGUUUCAGAAUUCAAGGGUCCAGUCAUUCCUAUCAAGUCUGAACUUGAGGCAGACGACAACUUAGAGGGUGCAGAAUGGCCAUACGAACGUCUCUGUGAGUUUCUCAAGGUUGACUUGUUCGAUCCCCAAUGGGAAACUCGGCACGGUGCUGCCAUGGGUCUAAGGGAAGUUAUCCGAGUCCAUGGCGGUGGUGCCGGCCGACUUCAAGCCAAAUCUAGAGCCGAAAACGACGAACAAAACCGAAUAUGGUUGAACGAUCUAGCAUGCCGGUUGUGCUGCGUCCUUAUGCUUGAUCGAUUUACCGACUACAGUUCCGAUACGUCAGUAGCUCCUAUUCGGGAAACAGUUGGCCAAACACUGGGAUCAGUUCUGUUCCACGUGCCGUCAGACUUAGUCUACGGGAUUUACCGCAAUCUCUAUCGCAUGGUCAUGCAGGAAGAUCUUGAUCUUGAACGACACAUUUGGGCUAUCUGCCAUGGUGGUAUGGUGGGUCUGCGAUACGUCGUUGCGGUACGUAAGGACCUGCUGCUCAAAGACGGCGACAUGAUCGACGGAAUAAUUCGCGCUGUGAUGAAGGGGCUUGGGGACAUGGAUGAUGAUGUCCGUUCCGUCAGCGCGGCUACACUGAUACCCAUGGCGAAAGAGUUCGUCACAAUGCGCCCGGCUGCGUUGGAUGGUCUUAUAAAUAUCGUAUGGGAGAGUCUGUCCAAUCUUGGUGAUGAUUUGAGUGCUUCGACCGGGAAGAUUAUGGAUCUCCUGGCAAUUCUCUGCAGCUUCCCAGAAGUUCUGGAGGCUAUGAAGACCUCGGCCGAACAGGACGAAGAGAGGUCCUUUACUCUCUUGGUUCCACGGCUGUAUCCAUUCCUACGUCAUACGAUUACAUCCGUCCGUCUUGCGGUCCUGAAGGCUCUCAUGACCUUUGUCAACCUUGGAAGCGAGACUUCACAUGGUUGGCUAAACGGCAGGAUCCUCAGGUUGAUCUUUCAGAACAUCCUAGUGGAGCGAGACCAAGAUACACUGAACAUGUCCAUUGAAUUAUGGACUGCGCUUGUCAAGUCUCUCGCGAAAGAUCCCGAUGCUCUCGCGACGGAGUUCGCUUCUCACGUGGACCCCAUGAUGCAGCUCACAUUGCAUCCUAUCGGCGUUUCGCGCCAGCCAUUGCCCAUGAAUGCGACACUCUUCUUGAAGCCAUCGGGUGGCACUUACUCGAUGCCCAGUGCGAUCUCUGCCACCACACGCAGAUCGUCACCUCCAGAUUCCGCAGAGCGCGCUACCAAGCGUCGGAGGAAGUCGACUAAGAUUGACGACGUGCCAACAGUUUCGCACUCUCACGACAUUGACGGCCACAUGAUGCAGGGUGAUGUUGAUUUGGUCGGUAUGGAGACCCUCAUACGAUCCAGGGUGUCAGCGGCCAAAGCCAUGGGUGUGAUCAUGUCGCUCGUCCCGACCAAACAGUUGGAAGACUACGAUGCUAGCGUCAUUCCUGGUCUCAACUCAGCGUUCUCCUCGACUCAGCUUGCUGCCUGCAUGGUCAUUGAUGAGUAUUCCAAGAAUUGCUCCAAGUCUGAGGAGACGUUAAGAUAUGUUGCACCAUUGCAGAAGAUGAUUGAGGCCGAGAGACCAUCACACUACAGGGAUCUGGUGAGCUUUGUACAGCGCGUUCGAUCACAGUGCCAGCAAUUGGUGAACUUAUUCCGUGACCACGGCAAAGUGUCUUCCAGCAAAUUGCCAACUCUGGCGGUCGUUGUGCAGGGUGAGGCUGAAGCCGGCCCUGGUGCAUUUUCAGUUGCCAACGCCGAAAAGGUUGUUGGGGACGACUACGAACGCAUGAAGAAGGCAAUGUCACCCGGUCAGCGCCUUAUUGCUAGUGCGCAGCUUGCAGAGGCUCGCGAAGUCACUGUUGCAGCUAUUGAGGAAGCAAAAGUCGCUAAGGACGCGAGGGAUGUGCGAAUCAAGGCCGCGGCUGCGUGUGCCCUGGUUGCUAUGAAGGUUUUACCCAAGAAACCAAGUCCGCUUAUCAAGGCGAUCAUGGACAGCAUCAAGAGCGAGGACAAUUCAGAGCUCCAAGGCCGUUCGGCAUCAACGAUUGCACGAUUAGUUCAGCUCUUCACUGAAUCUGGUCGUCGUGGACCGGCUGACAAGGUUGUGGCCAAUCUCGUGAAGUUCUCAUGUGUCGAGGUCGCAGAAACACCGGAAUUCGCCACUCACGCAGCCAAGACUAGUGUGAUCCUUUCCAUGCAAAAGGAGGAAGAUCGUGUUGAUCAUCCUGAUGCUGCCAAGUGGGCUCGGGAGGCAAAGGCUGCUCGCAUUACUCGUCGUGGUGCAAAGGAAGCACUAGAGAUACUAGCGAAGACCUUCGGGGCAGAACUUCUCGACAUUGUGCCAAGCCUCAAAGCAUUUAUGGAGGAUCCUCUCGUCAAAGCCUUUUCUGGCGAGCUUCCCGCUGAGGCGAAGGACGCUGAGCAGACAUUUGGACAGGAGAUUGUGGAUGCCAUGUCCGUCAUCCGGACUAUGACUCCAACACUACAUGCCUCGCUUCACCCAUUCAUCAUGCAGAUGGUUCCUCUGGUCAUCAAGGCCCUGCACUCUGAGCUCUCUGUCUUCCGUUAUAUGGCUGCGAAAUGCAUGGCUACAAUCUGCAGUGUCAUGACGGUUGAGGGUAUGACGGCGCUCGUCGAGAAAGUACUCCCAUCGAUCAACAACCCUGUUGACCUCAAUUUCCGUCAAGGAGCUAUCGAAGCCAUCUAUCAUUUGAUUGCGGUUAUGGGUGAUGCCAUUCUCCCCUACGUUAUCUUCCUCAUCGUCCCCGUCUUGGGACGCAUGAGCGACUCUGAUAAUGAGAUCCGACUAAUUGCAACGACCUCUUUUGCAACGCUUGUCAAGCUAGUUCCUCUUGAGGCUGGCAUUCCUGAUCCUCCAGGACUUUCCCAAGAAUUGCUAAAGGGCAGAGACCGGGAGAGAACAUUCAUUCAGCAGCUUCUUGAUCCUAAGAAGGUUGAGCCGUUCCAGAUCCCUGUCGCUAUCAAAGCAGAGCUUCGUCACUAUCAACAGGAAGGCGUCAAUUGGCUCCACUUCCUGAACAAAUACCAUCUUCACGGCAUUCUUUGCGACGACAUGGGACUUGGAAAGACUCUCCAGACUCUGUGCAUUGUCGCAAGUGAUCACCAUGAACGUGCUGAGCAAUUUGCAAAGACACAAGCUCCCGACGUCAGACGGCUGCCGUCGCUCAUUGUCUGCCCUCCAACCCUAUCGGGCCAUUGGCAACAGGAGAUCAAGACUUAUGCUCCAUUCCUGAGUGUCACUGCCUACGUUGGCCCUCCUUCGGAAAGGAAGUCAGCAAAAGAUAUGCUCGACAAGACAGAUAUUGUCAUUACCUCUUACGAUGUCUGCCGGAAUGACAUUGACAUUCUCGAGAAGUACAGCUGGAACUAUGUGGUGCUGGAUGAAGGCCAUUUGAUCAAAAACCCCAAAGCAAAGAUCAGUAUGGCCGUCAAGAAGCUAGCGAGCAAUCACCGUCUCAUCCUGACUGGCACGCCGAUCCAAAACAAUGUGCUUGAGCUUUGGUCGCUGUUCGACUUCCUCAUGCCAGGCUUCCUUGGAGCAGAAAAGGUCUUCCUUGACCGAUUCGCGAAGCCUAUUGCUGCCAGCCGCUACGGCAAGGCCUCGUCCAAAGAGCAGGAGGCAGGCGCUUUAGCCAUUGAGGCACUUCACAAGCAAGUUCUUCCGUUCCUGUUGCGGCGUCUCAAGGAAGAGGUGCUCAAUGACCUACCGCCGAAGAUCCUUCAGAACUACUAUUGCGAUCUCAGCGAUUUGCAGAAGAAGCUAUUUGAGGAUUUCUCAAAGAAAGAAUCGAAGAAACUAGCCGAGGAAGCCGGUCGUGAUGAUAAGGAUGCCAAACAGCACAUCUUCCAGGCACUGCAGUAUAUGCGCAAGCUCUGCAACUCGCCGGCACUGGUGAUGAAGCCUGGACACAAGAUGUACGACGAUACGCAGCGAAUUCUGGCCAAGCAGGGCACCAGCCUCGAAGACCCUGCCCACGCACCAAAGCUGACGGCCCUCAAAGAUCUGCUUGUUGAUUGUGGUAUUGGCAUAGAAGGUACAGAUUCCAAUGAUCCAUUGUAUCAGCCCAUCAAACCCCAUCGUGCCCUCAUUUUCUGCCAGAUGAAGGAGAUGCUCGACAUGGUACAGAACACUGUUCUGAAGAGUAUGCUACCGUCUGUGUCGUACCUGCGACUCGAUGGAUCGGUUGAGGCAAACAAGAGACAAGAUAUCGUCAAUAAGUUUAACAGCGAUCCAUCUUUCGAUGUGUUGCUGCUCACCACCAGCGUGGGCGGUCUCGGUCUCAACCUCACUGGUGCCGACACUGUCAUCUUCGUGGAGCACGACUGGAACCCACAGAAGGAUCUCCAAGCCAUGGAUCGUGCGCAUCGUAUCGGUCAGAAGAAGAGAUUCAAGAUCGACGUGGCAUCAACUGUUGUCAAUCAACAAAACGCUGGUCUUGCAACCAUGGAUACAGACCAGAUCCUAGAUCUCUUUAAUGUGGGAGAUACUGGACCCAGCCUUAUAUCAGACAAACCUCAAGGUGCUGUUGAAGGCAGAGAGGAAGAUAUGGUGGACAUCGAAACAGGCGAUGUCCGCCAGCCCGGCAAGAAGGCAGCCUGGCUUGAAGAUCUGGGCGAUUUAUGGGAUAAUCGCCAGUACGAAGAAAGCUUCGACCUGGAUGGCUUCCUAAAGACGAUGCAGUGA